CGAAAAUUACGUCGGGAAUUUACUGAUGAAGAAACUUUCAUCAUUGUUGAUGAUGAGAAAUAUUUUACUUUUUCAGGUGAAGAAACGCCCGGAAAUGCCGGUUUUUAUUCUUCUGACAAAGAAAACAUGCCGAACGAGGUCAGAUUCAAAUGCAAACAGAAAUUUGAACCAAAAGUAUUAGAUUGGUUGGCGUUAUCCAGCAAAGGCAUGUCAACGCCAUUCAUUGGAGCAACCAAAGGACUGGCAGUGACUGCCGACGUCUAUAUUGGAAAAUGUUUACCAAAAGUGUUGAAACUAAUUGAGAAACAUCAUCUUGGCGACAAAUAUAUCUUUUGGCCGGACUUGGCUAGUUCACACUAUGCUAAAAAAACAUUAGAAUGGCUGAACGAACGAAAAGUGCCGUUUGUCCCAAAAGCUGCCAAUCCACCAAAUGUGCCCAAAGCUCGUCCGAUCGAAGAUUUUUGGUCGAUUUUGGCUGAUAAAGUGUAUAAUGGAGGUUGGGCGGCUACGAACCGAGACGAUUUAGUCAAAAGAAUCAAAUCACAACUGAAAAAAAUUGAUCUAAACGACGUCCAGACCAUGCUGGAAGAUGUCAAAUUAGCAUUACGUUCUCAAGUAACUCUUUUAAAAGUUUGUGCAUUUUAG